AUGGUGUCACACAAAGGUGUCGAUCGGGCACAAAAAUCUAAGUUGCAGUCGUUGAGAAGGUUGUACGAUCAUUGUGAGAUGACCUCUACAGAAACAGUAGAUACGUAUUUCACUCGUCUUAUUGAUGAGGUGAAUAAGAUGAGGUUAUAUGGAAAUACGAUUGAAGAUGGUGCUGUGUCACACAAAACCGAGCUCCUAUUAGUUGCAGAGCUGAAAGGUAUGAUAGAAAGUCAUAUUGACAAGAUUGAGUCCAAAUCGAAACUACUAGCAGAAGAACCUUUGAAGAGCCAAGUUACCCUGAAUAUGACUGACCCUAAUCAAAGAGGUGGAGGAUCUGGUAGAGAUCGUGGAAGAGGAAGGGGAGGAUUUAGUGGAAGAGGUAGUGGUAGCUUCAACCAAAGAGGAGGACGUGGUAACUCCAACUAA